GUUUUCCAGUGCUGAUUUCUGUAUCUUGGGGAUGUUUUCUCAUAGCAGGGAAAUGAUAUACUGGAGCAUUUUGAAACAAACUGUGUCCUCUUGUACAGAGUUCUAUGCAUCAUGACUGCCUUGAAAGCUUGCUGUGCUCUGCUGACUUGCAGCUGCUUACACUCUCUGUCAAGUCAAAUGCUUAUUUAACUCUACAGAAGGGAUUUCUUUGCUUCAUUUUGCUGUUGUGGAGCCCUAAUACUGUCCCAACAGUUUUUUGUUUGUAGGUAGUGAUAGCAGAAGAUUGUUUAUCUUUUUUAAUUACUGUGAAUCUCGUGGCAAGAGGAUCCAGCACCCUGCAAUCUCAAUGCAAUCUCAAAAGCAUUUUGGUUGUCACGUGCACCUUUUUCAUUGCAUAUAGGGGUGACAGUGUUAACUGUCUCUCUUUAUAUUGAACUACUUUCUUACAAUUGUUUUCACAUGAGCUAUCCGCCUGUUUCUAUAGCUACCUCCAAAACAACAUAAUUCAGGCUAUCCUGAAUGCCUCCCAGGAUUACCAAGGGACCAGACCUUUACCUUUGGCGUGCAGGAGUUUGAACUUUGGGUAAUCUGGGGCCAAGAGGGAAGCAAGCACGAAAGAUGUUAGCUCUGAGCGGGUGUUUGUUUCACCUGGUUUUGCUAUCCUAUUGAUCUGCAGCAGGUCUUUACUGAUAGCUUUCUCACUUAUUAACGUGCUGUAGUUUGUCUGUUCAUUCUUUUGAAUGAACACUGCCUGGGUAGCUCUUACUAUGGGAUGCACAAAGCUGUUGUAGUUUUCCUCAAAUGUUACUGCCUUUGCUGUGGUUCCUAGAGAUCAGGAACCAGGUUUGGCACCUCAUGGGCUGAGAUUUCCAAUUGUUUUCUGUAUUGUGCUUUUUAAUUGUCUGUUCCUUGGUAAAAAUGUAAUGUACACAGUUUCCACAAGGUAGUGAACUCUGAGGAGCAAUACUUGCUUUUCUUGUUUUUACUAUUCCUGACACAAUAAAGCUAUAACCGUGAUAAAUGGUUAUUUGUGCUGUUAGGCAAAAGAUCAGUAGUAUGUCACUGUGUUUUACAGAUACUAUGAGCUAAGUGAAAGAGAAUAUAAACUUUUUUCAAAUGCAUUUUUUGUAGAUGUUCUGUUAGACACUGCAUGCUGUCUGAAGUCAUAGAUGUUAAACUGUUGUGUAAUGUGUGAGGUACAGCACCAGUGUCUUGAAGGACAAGAAUCACAAGAUUAACAGCAGAUAACAUGAAAAGAGAAAAAAGAUCUGUUUUCCAGAGAGAGGGAAAUAAGUGCUGGUUUGAAUCUUGGAGAUUUGUAUUUGAUUCUGUUUUUUGUUGUUGUUGUUGUUUUUAAGUAGAUGUAGACUGCAAACUUACGAGAUAUUCGUGGAACUUCUCAGAUUUAUUGCUGUAGAAUUAGAUUUGUGACAUAGCUGUAACAGUUUUGUAGUGGACGUGCACAUUGGUCUUGCAUGUGAAGAUAAGUUUUACAGUUUAUAGUCUUUACUGGAUGUUUCCCUUAUCAGUUGUUUGCUUUAAUCAAACUAACAUGUUUUCAACAGAAGUAGAAAGGCUGCUACAUGCAGAACUCUCACAGGUGUGCCUGCUUGUGAAGGGUGCACAUGUGUUCAUGUGUUUGUACCAGGAGUUUGCCUUGGCUAUUUAAAAUACUAAGAAAAUCAAUUUUAUCUCUUACUGGCCAUCUAUCUAUCUACCUAAGCAGUGUAAUGACUGCCUUCUUGAAUAGAAGCCAUUUGCAGUGCAUUUUGAGGAAUGCAACGUGUUACAACUGACAAGCUCUGCAAGUUCAGCCCUUAUCCUUCCUAAGUCCUGAGGAUAUUUAAUAGACAGCAUAGUUCAGACAAGUCUAGAAAAUGGUGGUAGUCAAUUAAUAUCUUUUUCUGUCAUAGUGAUUAAGAUUUUGAAGCUGACAACUGUAAAGAAACAACUACGUGGACAGAAUGUCUUCUUAAUAGUGAGAAUGGUUUCAUUUACGUGUUGUUGUUCACUCAGAACUCAGUGACAUCUCCAUUUCUGUCUGCUGUUACUAGAGCAGAUCAAAUUAUUCAUAGCAUAUAAUGGAGUGAAUUUUGCAUGUGGGUGUUUGCGCAAAAUUAACCAAAGGCCUUGUUUUGCAGAAGUUGAAGGAACAGGCGAGGAUUGUGUUCCGUUAGGAGUUCUUCCCUCCUUGCUUGUGUUUUUUUCCGUGUUGUUAAAAACUGUGUGAACAGUGAUGUGCUGAGCUGUGCUAUGCAGGGUUACUUCUGCUCUCUAACUGCUUUGGUGAAGCCUUAAUAAGGGACAGAGGCUCUGUCCUGUGAAUAGUAAGGUAGCUGGGCAGACUGUGUGCCAUUUUUUUUGUAAGCUCAGUUUCAGUCUGAAUAGGUGCUAGAGAGCUAAAAGCUCCAGUUGGCAGACUUUGCAUAGACAAGUCAGCACAAGUAUUUGCAAGGUCUGUGGUUUCUGUGAACUUUUUUUUUUUUUUUUUGCAAAUUAAAGAAAACAAUCAUUCUUGGGAACUCUGCAGUGCUUUUUGUUUGUAUCAAAAAAACCUAAACGCAUGAAGUCUUAAAGGUUGUCAAAGGUUUAUUUCUAGCAAUGAGCAGCAGGAAGGGAAGAAAACUGUUUCAUUUUUCACGUGAGAGUGUUUUCCUAGAUGCAGUAAACAUACUGUAUCUUAUGAUUUUUGUACAUGCUGUAUUGUAUGUUUUAGUGUAUGUGCCUGUGGAUACGAUGGUGCUUCACGAUCUUUUCUAGUGAACAGCUUGCACUCAGUUCAGUUACAUAAUUACAGUGGGUGCAGCUGGAAUGUUUUGCAGCUAAUUCUUAUUUAUUGUUCUUACCUUUGUGAAGGCAGAGUUGAAGGUAAGUGGGUAUGUACUCUUUAAUUCUGGUAUUCCCUGGUCGGCUCAGGCUCAUAUUCCAUUAGGAACACGGUUAAUCCAGAAAUUACAGUUAGGUCUGUCAGUUCUCUGGUUUUGUAUAUGCCAGAUGUAUGGAAUUUCUUCCUUGAUUUGUGCCUGAGUUGUAAUAUCUUAGUCCAUCUGCUGUGUAAGGGCUUAAAAACAAUUUUUGCAAUUGGUUCUAUUGUAUGAAGCCUACAGGCUUAUUGCUUUCUGGAUUUGGAGACCAUUAUUGUCAGGAUGUAUCCUAGGCUGCUACUAUUACUAUUAUUAUUAUUACUUCAUUUUUUAGAACCAUGACUCAUAUUUUUGUCUUCUGUUUUGAGCUGCUGGUCACAUGAGAUGUAGGCCUUAUAAUAAAGAAAUGGCAGUGGAGCUGUGUUUUCCAUCUCUUUAAAAUCCUCGUGAUUCUCCUUGUCCCCUUCCCUCCCCCAGCAGAAAGUACUCCUACACUACUUAAGGCUCUUUUGGAAAAAAAUCAGUCGUAAAUCUGAGUCAUGCUGUCAUCUGGAACUAGAAGUUUAGAUGUUCUGAGGGUUCCUGGUAGGGAUUCUUGGGGUAAUGGCAAAUAAUGCUUUCAUUCUUGCAGGUGCAUGUUAGAUUUAUGAUGGCUGCUGUAUUAGUUUUUGAAUAAUGAUUUCAUUUCUUCUGUUGGUACUUCUUCAAGACAGAAUGAAGCCAAGUCUUCAAAAGACGACGAGAUACCUGGCAGUACUAUAUCUUAAGAAUAUAUGACUCGAAGCUCUGCUUUUACCAUCUUAUGUCUGAAAUCUUCUGCUUGACUGUUGAUGCUUUUUGGAUUUAUUCUUUUUACAUUUGUAAUAUACUGGUUGUACGUGUAGGCAGACAGUUGCCUGCUACCAUUUGUUCCUACUGUUACAAGGAAUUUGGAAGGGAAAUCAAUCUAAACCUGCAUGGAGCAAAAGCUAAGCCAGGUAUUUUACUGCUGCAACAAUAUAAAGAAACUAUAGUAGAUAAAAGUGUGAAGCAUGUGGAGAGCAUGAAUCAAAUCUGAAAUGCUUUUUCCCCCUACUGUAUACACACUGUGCAGCCCACACUUCAAAAUUUUCUCUAGUCUAGCACUUCUUAAAUGAGAAAUACUUUUAGUUUCUGAAGUAGGAUUUCAUAGGGGAAGAACAGUUACUGCAGUUGAACGUGUGUGAACGCUCUGAACGGCCCUUUGGUAAAAUAAUCGAGCUUUAUUAUUUUUAAACAUAGCUGUUUAAAAUACAGAGGCUCUGGCUUUUCAAGGCUUGUAAGUAAUACAGUAGUGGUAUGUUUUCAAGUAAAAGGGCACGUUGUUAGAUGUUCAUUUAUGAUAGGGUGUAAUCAGUUAACAGUAGGUGCUGAAGUCCAUGUUAAAGCCCUACCAACGAGAUAAUUUAGUUAAGAGACCAUACUGCCUGCCUGUCUUUUUUUUUAUGCCUAGUUUGUCACCUUCUGCCUUUUCCUCUCCUUUAUGCUAUUUGAAACUUAGCUCUAAUGUUACGCUUUGAACAAUUUCAUUGUUUUUAUGAUUGUUUUUUUUUCUCCAGCUCUCAUCGUGGCUAAUCCAAAGUGCUGUGCCAGAUAACCACCCCGAGGGAGGGCGGCACGUAGGGCUCACAGGCAGCGAUGUCAGUCAAGGGACUUACUUCAUACCUGGCUGAGCAGAAGUAUGGGGUUUGACGUGAAUAGAACUACUUAUGUGCUUAAAAUCAGGAAUCUUGUUGAAGCUGAGCCAGCGUCUCAGUUAGAUUUCCAAUUUCCACUGCUGGCUGCCAAGUAUAUUGGAGCUGUCUAUAAAUAGUUUGUGGAAUUUUUGAGUGAGGGAAGAAAAAAACCACCCAGGUUCUCUUCUGUCCCCCCCCUCCCCUUCUUCUAACUACAGCUGAGAAGCUUAAACUGUUUUUUGCUGAAACCUUCACACAAAUGUCCUCACAAAUUAAUAACUAAAACACCCUGAGUUAAAAAUGUUUUAAUGACAGCCUACUCAAAUAUUUUAUAGUGGAAUUUACAAGUAUUUUUGUACACAGUGUUACAUAAAAGGCACAAAAUGGUAUUUUUUCCACCUGUAGCAUUAAAUCAGAGUUGCUAUAGCUACUGCUUGGGUUCUUCUUAGGACCUAUUCCAAAGGAGCCUUGAGUUAUCUUGAUAAUUGUGCAAAGCUCUUUACAAAGUGUUUCCUGCUCUGCCUCUUGUACAAGUCCCCCCUGCUGGCACAGCCAGAGCAUAGGGCUGUGCUGCACCGAAACAGCAUUCUGCUGAACUGCUGGUUGUUUGCAUAGUUGAUUGACAGCAACGGGAAGCUGCUGCUUCCAGAAGGACAGAGAAAGGAUGGAAGGUGGCAGAGAAGCCAAGCUAUGCUUAUACAGCAGGAAUUACAGUGAGCUCGCUCUGUAGCCUGCAGCAUCUUCCAGAUGUUCACUCACUGCAGCCUAGUGGAGCUCAUGGCAGUACUGAGGUGCUCCAGCAUCAUCUGGCUGGCAAAGACUGGCGUGAAGAGCAAUAGUGGUAAAGGGCUCUGGGCCUCUACACUCAUUAUGGUUUAUAUGGAUUUUUCUAAGUGCUUUAUUUUGUGUCUCAUGACAAUAUUCACAGUUGGGAUUGUGUAUGCUGUGUCUAAGAGUCCAAAAAAAAAAAAAAAAAGAGCUUGUGUUCCUCAUACUGAAUGACUGUGGGGAAUCAGAAGGGCAUGCCUGGCAUUGAGAUGGAGCCUCACUGAUAGAUCUGAAGCUGCCAGAGCUGAUCACACUUCUUGCAGUAAAUAGUAGGAUAAGGGAGUGUGAUGACAGGUCCUGCAGCCUUGCAGGAGCAGCUUUGUAAAGCAAAAUAAGUUACACUGAAGAUUUAAUGCUUAUGUCAUAUACGUUUCUGAAGGGCUUUCUUUGGACUGGCUCAAAUGUGGCCCGUGGGACUGCAUACACGAAAUGGUGCUCUUGCAGAACAUUCUGAAAAUGUGCAUAUUUCAGGAGUGUCAACGGCUUGUGGAGAUAUUCCAGAACAAAUUCGAUCUCCAAGUGGGACAAUCACAAGUCCGGGGUGGCCCUCUGAGUAUCCUGCUCGAAUCAACUGUAGUUGGUACAUCCAUGCAAACCCAGGGGAGAUCAUUACCAUAAGCUUUCAAGAUUUUGAUGUUCAGGGAUCGCGCCGAUGCAGCUCAGAUUGGUUAACAAUUGGAAGCUACAAGAAUAUUGAAGGCUAUAGAGCAUGUGGCUCCUCCAUUCCUUCACCAUACAUCUCUUCACAGGAUCAUGUUUGGAUCAGAUUUCAUUCAGAUGACAGCAUCUCCAGAAAAGGCUUCAGAUUAGCCUAUUUUGCUGGAAAAUCUGAUGAACCAAAUUGUGAUUGUGACCAGUUUCAUUGCGCUAAUGGGAAGUGUAUUCCAGAAUCUUGGAAGUGUAAUAAUAUGGAUGAAUGCGGAGACAAUUCUGAUGAAGAAAUCUGUGCCAAAGCUAAUCCUCCAACAGUUUCUUCCUUUCAACCUUGUGCUAGCAAUCAUUUCCAGUGUCUUUCUCGCUUCACCAAGCUUUACACUUGCCUUCCAGAAUCUUUAAAAUGUGAUGGUAACAUCGAUUGUCUUGACCUUGGAGAUGAAAUAGACUGUGAAGUGCCAACGUGUGGGCAGUGGUUGAAAUAUUUUUAUGGUACUUUCAGUUCUCCCAAUUAUCCUGACUUCUAUCCACCUGGAAGCAACUGCACCUGGCUGAUAGACACUGGUGAUCAUCGCAAAGUAAUUUUGCGAUUCACUGAUUUUAAACUCGACGGUACGGGUUUUGGAGACUAUGUCAAAAUAUAUGAUGGGUUAGAGGAGAAUCCACGGAGGCUGUUGCGUGUGCUAACAGCAUUUGACUCUCAUGCUCCCCUCACCGUUGUUUCAUCUUCAGGACAAAUAAGAGUGCAUUUUUGUGCUGACAAAGUGAAUGCUGCAAGAGGUUUCAAUGCCACCUAUCAAGUAGAUGGCUUUUGUUUGCCCUGGGAAAUUCCUUGUGGUGGAAAUUGGGGUUGCUACACAGAGCAACAACGCUGCGAUGGCUACUGGCACUGUCCAAAUGGAAGGGAUGAAACCAACUGCACCAUGUGCCAAAGAGACGAGUUCCCAUGUUCUCGAAAUGGUGUUUGCUACCCUCGUUCAGAUCGCUGCAACUACCAGAAUCAUUGCCCUAACGGUUCAGAUGAAAAAAAUUGUUUUUUCUGUCAGCCAGGAAAUUUUCAUUGUAAAAAUAAUCGCUGUGUUUUUGAGAGCUGGGUUUGUGAUUCUCAAGACGACUGUGGUGAUGGCAGUGAUGAAGAAAAUUGCCCGGUCAUUGUGCCUACUAGAGUAAUAACUGCAGCUGUAAUCGGGAGCCUUAUUUGCGGACUGCUGCUUGUCAUUGCACUGGGGUGUACCUGUAAAUUGUAUUCACUCAGGAUGUUUGAGAGAAGAUCAUUUGAAACUCAUUUGUCAAGGGUUGAAGCUGAACUGUUAAGAAGAGAAGCUCCUCCAUCUUAUGGACAGUUAAUUGCCCAGGGUUUAAUUCCACCAGUUGAAGACUUUCCAGUCUGUUCACCAAACCAGGCUUCAGUUCUGGAAAACCUGAGACUGGCAGUGCGAUCUCAACUUGGAUUUACUUCCAUCAGACUUCCUAUUGCUGGCAGAUCAAGUAACAUUUGGAAUCGAAUUUUUAAUUUUGCAAGGUCACGGCAUUCAGGAUCACUGGCAUUGGUCUCAGCAGAUGGAGAUGAUGUUGCCAGCCAAAGUACUAGUAGAGAAGCUGAAAGGAGUAAUACUCACAGAAGCCUAUUUUCAGUUGAAUCUGAUGAUACAGAUACAGAAAAUGAGAGAAGAGACACAGCAGGAGCAGUUGGCGGCAUUGCUGCUACCUUGCCUCAGAAAGUCCCACCUGCAACAGCAAUAGAAGCCACAGUGGGAGCGUGUGGGAGUUCCUCUGCUCAGAGCGGCAGUGGUGGCAGCACAGAGAGUGGGAGAGAAGUGACGAGCGUGGAGCCCCCAGGCACGAGUCCUGCACGCCACCAGCUCACGAGUGCGCUAAGUCGUAUGACUCAAGGCUUACGCUGGGUACGCUUUACGUUAGGCAGAUCGAGCUCAGUGAAUCAGAACCAAAGUCCUUUGAGACAGCUUGAUAAUGGGGUAAGUGGAAGAGAAGAGGAUGAUGAUGUUGAAAUGUUAAUUCCAGUCUCUGAUGUAGCAUCAGACUUUGACGUGAAUGACUGUUCAAGACCUCUGCUUGAUCUCAGCUCAGAUCAAGAACCAGGGCUUAGACAGCCUUACAGUGCAACACAUCAUGGUGUAAGGUCGUGCAAUCGAGAUGGCCCCUGUGAGAGCUGUGGCAUCGUACACACUGCCCAGAUACCUGACACUUGCUUAGAAGCAACAGUGAAAAAUGAAACUAGUGACGAUGAGGCAUUAUUACUCUGCUAGGUACGGGUUGUUUAGGAAAGAUUGUGUACAAGUUGGAGCAAUAUCUGUCAUUGUUUUGUACUUCACAGUUAAAACUAGUUUUUAGUUUUAAAAAGUCCAGGACAACAUUAUGUUAAAACUAUUUUAGACUGUGUGGUUGAUUAAACAUUUCUUAUACUGGAUGACUUUAUGGAACUAUUAGAGAGAACGUUUUAAUGGCUCUGAAUACACAAUGUGUGUAUCCAGUAUAACCUGAGAUUACUCUUUAAACUGAAGUUAUCCCGGUUAGUUUCAAAUUUAGUCUAUUCCUGGUACUGUAGUUCAGAACAGAAACAUGGCUGCUCAAGACUUAUUUGGCUGCCUGUUUAACCCCGUAUUAACAGGUGAAUUUGUACAGAAUUGUUUUCCUUUAGGAAUUGACUCUGUUGUAUUAUUGCCAACAUACUUGUAACUUAAUAUACUAAAUGCUGGUAAGGAUUGUUAAUGCAAAAUAUGUACUUUGAGUUUAUACAACAUUUUGUCUAAAUAUUCUUGGAUUUCAUUUUAAUGUGAACUUAUUUAAAGGGAGGAGAAGAUUUCUCCAGGAGCAUUCUUUUUAUUUCAGAAGAACAAAAUGCAGUGAUUCAUGAAUUUUAGAUAGAUACAAUAGAUAAACUAGCAAAAGCUUUUAUAGCACUGACUUUCCCAAGUGGCAAUCUAAUAUGAUACAGCCAAAUAGUGCGUGAAGCCCCCAGUCAUUAGUCUUUCCAAUUUGAAGUAAAAAAGGGCCGAAGAUAUUACUGUGUGUUAGUUUUUUAAAAUAUCCAAUAUGUACAAAUACACUACAGAGUAAGUUCCAACUGGUAGUAGAUCUUUCCCUAAUACAAGGGUAUAAAGCUUGUUUGGACUCAAGGGAUUUGCACUAAAAUCAUAUUAAGGUCUCUAAAUGAGCUUAGUGCACAGGCACUAUCACUUUAAGUACUAUUAUUGUCUAAUAUUGCAAUGGCUAUAUAUUUCCAUGGCUCUUUUCUUGGGGUGUUGCAUUUUUAUUGCAAUUGAAUUUGCUUUACUAAUUCCCUAUUUAUUCAUUGUAUUUAAAAACUGGUUUACUUGGUUGCAGACUGGUUGUUUAAAACAAAAAAAAAACAAAAAAAAUCCCUUUCUGUGUAUUUUUUUUAAUGAUACUUCAUGUUGGAGCUAAACAGAUUAGUGGAAAAAAGCUCACAACUUCCAAUUUUGUGAUAAGCAGGUUAAUAUGUGGUUACUGGCUUGACAACAAGAAUCUACACCUUUUAAAAACAAAAAUGUCAACUACUGUUUUAUUUAUUCUUUGCCAGUCUGUUUUUAGUAGGCUUAAAGAUCCAGUAUGAAAUGUAUUUGUGUGUGAUUGUAUGCUAUUUAUUAAAUUUUAAAUACUUUGUUGAAUGUCAUUUUAAAGCAUGUUUAAAGUCUUGUGCAUUUCUGUCGUGUUAUGCUGUCGGGCAGAACUGACUAAAAUGUUUUAAUAUGUAUCAAAAUUAAAUUGAAUUUUUGUUAUGUUUUUGAGGUACUUUUAAAGAUAAAUCCAUGUCUGGCUUUUUGUUUUACUUUCUGAAAGUCUCAUCUCUGAAGUACAAAUCACAUGCAGAAAAAAAAAGCCAAUUGAACGGAUUCAAAAGUGUAUAUUUCUGUCGUCUCCCUCUUCUCUUCAUUUACAGAUACAGGGAUGAGAAAAAUAAACAGUUUUACCAUCUGGUGGAUUUAAUUCACAAGAGUAGUAGUAAAUUCUGAGUUCAGGACACGGUUAUGUAGAUUUGUGCUUUUGAGGAACUUAUGUGCAAUACAGUUGUAAAAGAUUUUAUUAUAAGAACCCACGCGGUUUCAAGUUUCAGAACAGAUCACAUCACACUGGUACCAGUUCAGGUACAGAUUGGCCCAUAGUUACACAUACCUGAGUAAAAGUCAUCGAUGGCCAUUUUUAUUCACAUUGAAUAAUAUCUAAAUCUGUGGGUAAUCUUUAGUAUGAUUUCAGUGGCGUUGCUUAUAGAGCAGGCAAUUUUGCAUAUGAAUGCGAUAACACACUCUGAAAUACAUGUGAACAGUGUGUCCUGGUAUAAAAUACUGGGUUUUUAAAGCUUCCUAAUUAUCAUUAGAAAGUGGUUAUGGAAAUGUUUGUCACUGAGGCAGAUACAUUUUGAAGAAAAAGUCUUCAUAGAAUACCUUAGUUAUAUACACACACAAAGUGAUCUACAGUGGUUCCAUGAAAUGCCCCAACUAGCAUGUACCUAUGGUUUCCAUAAUGCAGAUGUAAAGUAGAAUACAAUGUUUAAUUUGUUUUAAAGAAUAAAUGCUACACAUUAAACUGAAAAGUUGGAUUUGAUUGAGAAUUUGGAAAUUUGUAAAUAAAAAUAAUAUUUGUAUGAGG